AUGAACUGGAUAUCUUUGGAGGCCCUCCUCAGUGGGGUAAACAAAUACUCCACUGCUUUUGGUCGUGUCUGGCUCUCUAUGGUUUUCAUCUUCCGUGUGCUGGUGUUCGUGGUUGCGGCGCAGCCAGUUUGGGGAGACGAGACGAAGGACUUUGUGUGUAACACGGUUCAACCUGGCUGCAGUAGUGUAUGCUAUGACCAUACAUUCCCCAUUUCUCACAUUCGUCUGUGGGCCCUGCAACUCAUAUUAGUAACCUGCCCUUCUUUCCUGGUAAUGGGACAUGUGAAGUUCCGUGAACAAAAGAAUCAGAAACAGAAGGUGUAUGCCAACCCAGGCAAGAAACGUGGUGGGCUAUGGUGGACAUACUUGUUCAGUCUGAUAUUCAAAGCAGUCAUUGAUACUGGCUUCCUCUACAUACUGUACUAUAUUUAUCAUGGAUAUGACAUGCCGCGUCUCAUAAAAUGCCAUUUAGAACCCUGUCCCAAUGUGGUAGACUGCUACAUUUCUCGCCCCACAGAAAAGAAGAUCUUCACUUUCUUUAUGGUUGUCACAUCUGCCUUGUGCAUCCUCAUGUGUAUCAUUGAGAUAAUCUACCUGGUUUGUAAGUGUUGCAGCAAGGCAUUCCAUAAGCGUUUGAAGCGAGAAGGUAUGCGAUAUGCUGAGAGGCAUGAACUUGGGAUUUCUAGAUCGAGGUGUAAAUUUAAGGUGGAUCCUACUGCUUCCUCCACCCAAAGCAUUUGCAAAGACAAGAAGGAGACGGUUGUUGAACUUAGUUAUAGUAACUGA